AUGGCCCACAUACAAAACAGUUCGAGCUCUUCGACUAGACGAUCAUUACGUUUAUUAACAGCCGAACGUAAAUCAACAGCUACGACGACAAACGAACCUACCAAUAUCGACGAGGAAGAAGAAUCACAACCAACAGCACGUCAAGCAAAAUAUAAAGCACUUGAAGCUAUAUCAAUUAGUAAUAAUAAUAAUAAUAAUAAUAAACGUCGAAGUGAACCUGAAUUAGAUAUAAACGACGCUGAACAAAACGAAAGUGAAAAACAAGAAUUAGAAGAAUAUCCAACAAAUUCUAAUAGUAGAAAACGAACACAUUCAAAACAAGCAUCAUCAUCAUCAUCUCAUCAUAGUAUUCGUCAUGUAUCAAAUACUGUAAGACGUCGAAAACGAAGUAAAAAAUCAACAACACGUAUUGAUAAAUUAUCAUCGAAAACAGUAAAACGUCAACGACAAAUAUCAUCUGACGAAGACGAUAAUCGUUUAUCAAUACAUACGAAAUCAAAAAGAAAUUCAGCACCAAUUUUAACUGAUCGUACACGUUCAAAGUCAAAUUUAAGAAAACAAAGUCAUUCAAAUAGUGAUUUAGAACAACAAAGUGAAGGUGCAGACACGGGGAAUCUCUGUGUUAGACGAGGAACAGGCACACGAGAACUUAAUACUGUCGUAAGUGAUCCUUCAACUACCAAUAGUCGACGAUCACGUGCAAGUGUUCAUCAUCGUCGAUAUUCAAAUAAAACACCUAUUGAUUAUUUGACAACGGGUCAAUCGUCUUCUAGUCGUUCGUCGGUGCCUGUCACCAACACCGGCGGUAUUGACGGUCGACCGUGUGACUCAAAUAGCAGUUUACCAUCAUCAACACAUCCUUUGCAUUUAUUUAAUUCACCUGCAUAUUAUCAACAAACUGCAUCUCCUCCACCAUCAUCAUCUGCUCAAUCAUUUUCAGGCGUUGUUCCAACAGCAUCAUAUAGUUCACCGUUUCUUGCUAGUGCAGCAUCUGCUAGUACACAUCGUAAUACAAAACAUUCAUUACCAAUGUCAACUGAAAGUGAUACAGAUCCAGAAAAUAAUGGAGGACAUAUGAGUCCAUCACCACGUGAUGUUUUAUCUGAUCCAGCAUUUGCACGUGCUGCAGCAGCUGCAGCUGCUGCUGGUGGUCCAACAAGUGCAGCACUUUUUCACACAUUAUCAGGUCGUGUUCAACAUCUAAUGAGUCGAGUUGGUGGUAGUAGUUCAGUAAAUGCUAUUAAUGGACGUUUACAGCAAUAUAUUCAAGGAAUACAAUCACCUGAUCCUGAUGUUCGAUUAACAACACUUAAUGAAUUAUGUUCUCUUCUUGUCAUGAGCAAUGAAGAAACAUUACCCGGUUUUCAAUUUCGUGUUCUUUAUCCAUCAUUACGUGAUUGUUUAGCCGAUGAAAAUGAAGCUAAUGCUGAAAUAGUUUUAACAGCUUGUCGAGCAUUAACUUAUCUUAUGGAAGCAUUACCACGUUCAGCAGCACAAAUUGUUGAAGCAACACCAAUAUUUUUAAGCAAAUUACGAAGUAUAACAUCAAUUGAUAUAGCUGAACAAGUUUUAACAGCAUUAGAAAUGAUUUCAAAACGAAAUGGAAAACAAAUUCUUAUUGCUCUUCUUGUAAUGAGCAAUGAAGAAACAUUACCCGGUUUUCAAUUUCGUGUUCUUUAUCCAUCAUUACGUGAUUGUUUAGCUGAUAAAAAUGAAGCUAAUGCUGAAAUAGUUCUAACAGCUUGUCGAACAUUAACUUAUCUUAUGAAAGUAUUACUACGUUCAGCAGCACAAAUUGUUGAAGCAACACCUAUAUUUUUAAGCAAAUUACGAAGUAUAACAUCAAUUGAUAUAGCGGAACAAGUUUUAACAGCAUUAGAAAUGAUUUCAAAACGAAAUGGAAAACAAAUUCUUAUUACCGAUGGUAUAAGUGCAUGUCUUGAAUAUAUUGAAUUUUUUUCUAUAACAUCUCAAAAUAAAGCAUUAUCUAUAAUUGCUAAUUGUUGUAUACAUAUAUUAACACGUAAUGAUUUUAAUUAUAUAUGUGGACAUUUAGAAAAUCUUUCAAAUAGUUUACGUUCUGAUGAUAAAAAAACAGUUGAACAUGUUUGUACAAUAUUUUCACGUUUAGUUGAAAAUUUUCAUCGUGAUUCAUUCAUAUUACGUGAAAUAGCAUCAACGCAAUUACUUAAAACAAUGCAAACAAUGCUUGUCAUACAACCAUCUUUAUUAAUUAGUAUAACAUUUGUUAGUAUAAUUCAUAUGUUAUUUAUCUUUUCGGCAUAUUGUCCUACACUUGCUGUUACAUUACUUAAAAUGAAUAUAGCUGAUACAAUAAUUUAUUUAUUAACGGGUACAAAUGAUAAUAAGUCAACAAUUAAAUCCAUACCAAUAACAUAUAUAUCAGCAGCAUUAUCAACAACAAAUGAAUCAAUAUCGAUGAAUAUAUCAUCAAUACAAGAAACAAAUAAUAUUGAGCUUAUACCACGUACACCACAAGAAUUAUAUGAAAUAGUAUCAUUAAUUGGUGAAAUGAUGCCACAUUUACCAGCCGAUGAUCCAUUAUUUCAAAUAGAUCAAUUAUUUCGUCGUACUAUUCUAUCACAUAGAGCUUAUGAUGCAAGUUCAAAUGGUUAUGUUCUAUGGCAUUGGCAAGAUGAUCAAGGUAAAGAUUUUUGUUUUUCUUCAAACAAAUAUUUAUGA